AUGUUCACUAGUAAAGCAUCACGCGCAAAUACAACCAAGAAAGUAACCUUGACUCAGGGGCACCUCGUCCUUGAAUGUCCAGUGCCUACACGAUUGAUGGAAAUGAGUGCCCGUAAGGACAAAGAGUUUAGCACGAUGCGAUAUACAGCUGUGACGUGCGAUCCAGAUCAAUUCGAAGCAAACCAUUAUACUCUACGACCUCAAUUGAUGAAUAGGUCCACUGAACUGUUCAUUGUCAUUACUAUGUAUAAUGAAGAUGAGAUCCUCUUUUGUCGAACGAUGCAUGGUGUCAUGAAAAACAUCUCUCAUUUGUGCAGUAAGACACGAUCCAAAGUCUGGGAUACAGAGGGAUGGAAGAAGGUCGUGGUCUGUGUCGUGGCUGAUGGUCGAAAAAAAUGUGAUCCACGUGUGAUGGAUGUGCUUACGACCAUGGGCGUCUAUCAGACAGGCGUUGCCAAGAACAUGGUAGAUGAUAAACCUGUACAAGCCCAUUUAUUUGAGUAUACGACACAAGUUUCGGUCGAUAGCGAUAUGCGAAUUAAAGGAGCAGAUAAGGGCAUUGUCCCUGUUCAGAUCUUGUUUUGCUUAAAAGAACAAAACGCCAAAAAAAUCAACUCGCACCGCUGGUUCUUCAGCGCCUUUGGUCGUGUUCUUCAACCCAACAUCUGUGUCCUCUUGGACGUCGGUACUCGACCUGGCAACACAUCCAUCUAUCAACUCUGGAAAGCAUUCGACACAAACGAACAUGUCGGAGGUGCAUGUGGCGAGAUCUGCGUGAUGAAAGGCACCGCCUGUGUUGACCUACUGAACCCACUCGUCGCUGCUCAAAACUUUGAGUACAAGAUGUCCAACAUUCUCGACAAACCGUUCGAAUCUGUCUUUGGCUACAUCUCGGUCCUUCCCGGCGCCUUCUCUGCCUAUCGAUACGCUGCGAUUCAGAACGACAUGAACGGACAGGGCCCUUUGCAAAAGUACUUUCUGGGCGAACAACAGGCCGACACGGACAAUAUAUUUUCUGCCAACAUGUACCUUGCUGAGGACCGUAUCUUGUGUUUUGAACUGUUGGCCAAAAAGCGACAUAAAUGGGUACUCAAAUAUGUCCAGAGCGCGUUUGGUGAGACAGAUUGUCCGAACCAGCUGCCCGAGUUCAUCUCUCAGCGUCGUCGAUGGCUCAAUGGUAGUUUCUUUGCUGCUGUUUAUUCACAGUAUCACUUUUCGAGGAUCUGGAGUACAAAUCAUUCGGCAGGGCGUAAGGUGAUGUUGUCUAUGGAAUUUCUUUAUAAUUUUAUCAACCUCAUCUUUAGCUGGUUAGGCAUGGCUAAUUUUUACUUGACCUUUUAUUUUGUUUGUAAAUCGCUCAUCAUACCCGAGAUCGAUCCAUUCGGAAAUGGAUGGGGUGAGCGUGUGUUCUUGACGCUCUGGUAUCUGUACAUCUUCUUAUUCAUUUCUUCCUUUAUUUGCUCUAUGGGCAAUCGACCACAAGGGUCCAAGUGGAUGUUUACGUUAUCUGUGAUCGCCUAUGGUAUCAUCAUGAUGUACAUGACCUUUGCAGGAGGAUGGCUAGCUUAUGUGAGCCUUCAAAAGGGAACCCAGUUGCCCGAGUGGAAUCCUGAGGAUCCAGUAGGCAACUUGGGAUUACUGUUGGCUCAACCCGAGUGUCGCAACAUUGUGAUUUCCCUGCUCGGUACCUAUGGGCUCUAUAUGAGUUCAAGUAUGCUUUAUUUGGAUCCAUGGCAUAUGCUGACAAGUUUUAUACAAUAUCUCUUUCUACUACCGACCUAUGUCAACAUACUGAACGUCUAUGCGUUUUGUAAUAUUCAUGAUGUGAGCUGGGGUACAAAGGGAGAUAAUACAACAUCGAUGGAUUUAGGUGUAGCCAGUAAAGCAGCAACAAAUGAAAAGGGAGUAGAAGCCGUUGAAGUGGAAAUACAAGACGAGAUGGACAUGAUUGACACGAAUUAUGAAAGAGCACUCGAGAAUCUGCUGAUCAAGCCAGAGAUGAUUCAACAGAGUCGAGCACCUAAAACCAAACAGGAUGAUUAUUACCGAGGCUUUCGUACACGCCUUGUUCUCACAUGGAUUGGUUGUAACGCGAUGGUCGUGGCGCUUGUCACCAGUUACCGAGUACAGUCUGUAUUUAGCAUUGACCUUGGUACAGCCUACACUGGCUUCAUCCUCUGGACUGUCACAGGCAUGGCUGCCUUUAGGUUCUCGGGUAGCUUUCUAUACCUUGUUCUGCGCUGUUUUUGUUUUUAG